CAACCGGGCUGCUCCGGAGAUGCGGUGACCUGCCAGUCCCUGCCGUGGCCUCCCUCCUCCCGCCACCCCGUCUCUGCACGCCCCGGGGGGCCAGCCCCCCUCCCCACCGCCAGCCACCAUGUCGACCUCCUCACUGCGGCGCCAGAUGAAGAACAUCGUCCACAACUACUCGGAGGCUGAGAUCAAGGUUCGGGAGGCCACGAGCAACGACCCCUGGGGCCCGUCCAGCUCUCUCAUGUCUGAGAUUGCCGACCUCACCUACAAUGUCGUCGCCUUCUCGGAGAUCAUGAGCAUGAUCUGGAAGCGGCUCAACGACCACGGCAAGAACUGGCUGCACGUCUACAAGGCCAUGACGCUGAUGGAGUACCUCAUCAAGACGGGCUCGGAGUGCGUGUCAGAGCAGUGCAAGGAGAACAUGUAUGCCGUGCAGACGCUGAAGGACUUCCAGUACGUGGACCGCGACGGCAAGGACCAGGGUGUGAACGUGCGCGAGAAGGCCAAGCAGCUGGUGGCCCUGCUGCGCCACGAGGACUUGCUGCGGGAGGAGCGUGCCCACGCGCUCAAGACCAAGGAGAAGCUGGCGCAGACCACCACGGCCUCCUCCGCAGCCGUGGGCUCUGGGCCCCCGCCCGAGGCAGAGCAGGCCUGGCCGCAGAGCAGCAGGGAGGAGGAGCUGCAGCUCCAGCUGGCCCUGGCCAUGAGCAAGGAGGAGGCCCACCAGCCCCCGUCCUGCGGCCCUGAGCAUGACGUCCAGCUGGCCCUUAGUUUGAGCCGUGAGGAGCACGAAAAGGAGGAGCGGAUCCCCCGUGGGGACGACCUGCGGCUGCAGAUGGCCAUAGAGGAGAGCGAGAGGGAGACCGUGGGCCAGGAGGAGGGGAGCUGGAGCUGCUCGCCGGAGAGGUACCCGCUCGCAGUCCCGGUGCCUUUGACAUGAGCGGGGUCGGGGGCUCUCUGGCCGAGGCUGUGGGGAGCCCCCCCGCCUGCAGCCGCCCCGACGCCCACGCCGCCCACGCGGAAGAUCCCUGAGUCGUUCCUGGGGCCCAGUGCCGCCCUGGUGGACCUGGACUCGCUGGUGAGCCGGCCAGGCCCCACGC